GCAGUUAUGAGUUUAGAAAGCGACGAUACAAGUGUAAAUUUUUAUCAAGACAAAGAUUACAAUAACGAAGUAUAUUUGGAAUGCCUAAUAUUAAAAAAGUCUCACGAGAAAAAGAAAGAGCCACAAAACGAAGAAUUAAUAUCGACUCACCAGAAAUUAGACGAAAGUUACAAUACAUCGAAGAGCAGCUUAAUAAAGGACAUAACGAAUACGAAUAUAGAGAGUUGCUCAAUGAAUAUUAUACCAUCACUGGAAACGAACACGCCUUACGAAAAAGCAAUUCAACUACUGAAAUCCCGCUACUACAGCAACAGAGUGAAACAACUAUCGACGGAGAAGGCUCUAGCAAAAUGUUUGGAAGAGAAAAUAAUUUUAAUGACACCAGAACAGAAUCUAGAAACGCUAUCGUAUCAGGAUGUCAGCUGGAUAGUGAAGAAGGAUCAACAACUUUUCCUCCAAAGUGCGAAAAUGUUACUGAAAGCGAAAAAGAAACAGAUACAACAAGCGGAGAAAAUAUUAUUGAAAUUUCGUCAGACGAGGAAUGGGUCGAAGAGAUCGAGGAAAAAGAAACCAUUGCAUGCUGCGACAACAUUACCCGUACCAACAGAUGCGCAGAAUUAAAGUUAGAUAACUCGGAACUACUAUGUUUUAACAAAGAAUUAAAGCGAGGCUUUGAUAUUUUCCAUGUUAUUCAUACAGGGAAACCAACAACAUCAAUAUGGUACAACCAAAAGGAAACGAAAUGCGACGCCCUGGACCUUUGCUCUAAGACCCACACAAUAUGUAAAUACUUUGAUGGAAAAGAGAGCGAAUAUUCAGGGCAACUUCACACCCACGUUAUCCUCGCCAGCUAAGUCUUGGACAAAUCCGAACGAAGUCCCGAAUUUCAGAGAACGACAACACCUCUGCAGGGGAUGUGCCGACAUCACAAGAAAACGGUACGGACACUACUGUCACAUCUGCAACUCGAGAAUUUCGGUUAAGCACGUUACUACCGCUUCUUACUACAAGAAUGCUGUUGUGUACGUGCUUGAACGUGAUUAACUACGUAAAAUCGCACAUUACAUUUGACUUAGACAAUAUACCAGACGAAACAAUAAUAACAAAACGCCAACCGUUAAAACAACAACAAAAACAUAACUUCGCAACUUACUUAUUUAAACACAACAUAAUGAACUCCAGACAUUAUGACGACGAACUGGCUAGAAGCGAAGAACUUAGACAACUAGAAUUCACUAUACAACUGAAAGAUCUUGAAAUUAUAAAGAAGACAAUAUUCCGACAGGUGUACUUACAACAACGUAACAUAGACGUACUAACGCCUAGGAUAGUUGUAUCAAACAACAAAUCACGUUUGGGUGCUCUGAUGUUCUUCCUAUCUAACAUCGCACUAGAAAACCAAAUCUCAGUCAAUAGGCUAAAACAGUUACUUUGCAACUUUAUCUUCAACUUAAACCAUAAAAAACGAGGACUCAUUCUAUGUGGACCAUCAGAUUCAGGUAAAACAUAUGGUACAACCAAAAGGAAACGAAAUGCGACGCCCUGGACCUUUGCUCUAAGACCCACACAAUAUGUAAAUACUUUGAUGGAAAAGAGAGCGAACAUUCAGGGCAACUUCACACCAAUGUUAUCCUCGCCAGCUAUGUCUUGGACAAAUCCGAACGAAGUCCCGAAGGUGAACAACUCAGAAUUCGAAGAGCAUAUUUCAGAGAACGACAAUACCUCUGCAGGGGAUGUGCCGACAUCACAAGAAAACGGUACGGACACUACUGUCACAUCUGCAACUCGAGAAUUUCGGUUAAGCACGUUACUACCGCUUCUUACUACAAGAAUGCUGUUGUGUACGUGCUUGAACGUGAAUAACUACGUAAAAUCGCACAUUACAUUUGACUUAGACAAUAUACCAGACGAAACAAUAAUAACAAAACGCCAACCGUUAAAACAACAACAAAAACAUAACUUCGCAACUUACUUAUUUAAACACAACAUACUGAACUCCAGACAUUAUGACGACGAACUGGCUAGAAGCGAAGAACUUAGACAACUAGAAUUCACUAUACAACUGAAAGAUCUUGAAAUUAUAAAGAAGACAAUAUUCCGACAGGUGUACUUACAACAACGUAACAUAGACGUACUAACGCCUAGGAUAGUUGUAUCAAACAACAAAUCACGUUUGGGUGCUCUGAUGUUCUUCCUAUCUAACAUCGCACUACAAAACCAAAUCUCAGUCAAUAGGCUAAAACAGUUACUUUGCAACUUUAUCUUCAACUUAAACCAUAAAAAACGAGGACUCAUUCUAUGUGGACCAUCAGAAUCAGGUAAAACAUUUCUUGCUAAUCUAUUAUAUUCUAACUUUAAGCCUCAUGAAAUUGGGUACUUCAACUGUCCCACUGGACCUAAUCCAUCUGCUUUCCUACUUCAGGCAUUAAGUAACUGUUUAGCUUAUAGAUGCGACGAAAUGGUUUUCGAGCACCUAGGCGUGAUUCAGUUGAUGAAACAACUAUUAGAAGGAUCAAACACCCUUACAACAGACGUGAAAUACAAUGAUGCGAUGUUAAUCGACCCACAUCCAACUUUAAUCACCAUGAAUUCUACAUCAAAGUUCGACAUAUUAAAAUGGCAUCCCUCCGAGUAUCAAGCGUUUGAAAAUAGGUGUACGAUACUUUUCCUAGGCACACCUUUGCUUAAUAUAUUCAAUGACAAGGAAUUACAAGAAAUAAACACUUGUGGACCUGAGUUAUUGUAUAUGUUAAGCAUGCACAAACUAGACAAAGACACAUGCACUGCAGGGGUUUCGGACAAAUUUCAGGAUUUUAUUUUUUUAUAAUAAAAACAAUAUAUAUGUAAAUAAUUUUAUUAAAAUACAUAAUUUACAACAA